AUGGCGGUGUGCGCUCGGCUCUGCGGCGUGGGCCCGGCGCGCGGCUGCCGGCGCCGCCAGCAGCGCCGGGGCCCGGCCGAGACGGCGGCGGCCGACAGCGAGCCGGACACGGACCCUGAGGAGGAGCGCAUCGAGGCGCCGCCGUCGCCCCCGCGCCGCUCGCUGCUGGAGCUGCCGCCCGAGCUGCUGGUGGAGAUCUUCGGCUCGCUGCCCGGCACCGACCUGCCCAGCCUGGCCCAGGUCUGCACCAGGUUCCGCCGCAUCCUGCACACCGACACCAUCUGGAGGCGGCGCUGCCGGGAGGAGUACGGCGUCUGUGAGAACUUGCGGAAGCUGGAGAUCACCGGCGUGUCUUGUCGGGACGUCUAUGCGAAGCGUAUAAACCCGCGCGUGAGGUCGGGACGUUUUAUGAAACUGCUCCCCGAUUACGGGCACGUGGAGUACAGAGACGUGUACACCUGCCUGCUGCACCGGUACAGACACAUUUUGGGAUUGUGGCAGCCAGAUAUCGGGCCCUAUGGAGGACUGCUGAAUGUGGUGGUGGACGGCUUGUUCAUCAUCGGCUGGAUGUACCUGCCACCCCACGACCCGCAUGUGGACGACCCCAUGAGGUUCAAGCCUUUGUUCAGGAUCCACCUGAUGGAGAGGAAGGCUGCCACCGUGGAGUGCAUGUAUGGCCACAAAGGGCCCCACAACGGCCACAUCCAGAUCGUGAAGAAGGACGAGUUCUCCACUAAGUGCAACCAGACGGACCACCACAGGAUGCCCGGCGGGAGGCAGGAGGAGUUUCGGACGUGGCUGCGGGAGGAAUGGGGCCGCACGCUGGAGGACAUCUUCCACGAACACAUGCAAGAACUUAUCUUGAUGAAGUUCAUCUACACCAGCCAGUACGACAACUGCCUGACCUACCGCCGCAUCUACCUCCCGCCCAGCCGCCCGGACGACCUCAUCCAGCCCGGCCUCUUCAAAGGCACCUACGGCAGCCACGGCCUGGAGAUCGUGAUGCUCAGCUUCCACGGGCGCGUGGCCAGGGGCACCAAGAUCACGGGUGACCCCAACAUCCCCGCUGGGCAGCAGACGGUCGAGAUUGACCUGCGGCACCGUAUCCAGCUGCCCGACGUGGAGAACCUGCGCAACUUCAACGAGCUGUCCCGCCUGGUCCUGGAGGCCCGCGAGCAGGUGCGGCAGGAGCAGCAGGGGGGCAGGCACGAGGCCGAGGGGCCGGAACACGGGCCGCACCAGGAGCCCGCGGAGGACGGUGGGAAGCCUGGGGAUGCAGCGGCCAUGGCAACGGAGCAGCCCGGCCCGUCGAGCCAGGGGCAGCCCUUCGUGCUGCCCGUGGGCGUGAGCUCGAGGAGCGAGGACUACCCCCGCACGUGCAGGAUGUGUUUUUACGGGACAGGCCUCAUCGCCGGCCACGGCUUCACCAGCCCCGAGCGCACCCCCGGAGCCUUCAUCCUGUUUGACGAGGACCGCUUUGGGUUCGUCUGGCUGGAGCUGAAGUCCUUCAGCCUGUACAGCCGGGUGCAGGCCAGCUUCCGCAACGCCGACGCGCCGUCCCCGCAGGCCUUCGACGAGAUGCUCAAGAACAUCCAGUCGCUCGCCUCCUGACCGGCGUGGGGCCCGGGACCCCGGGGGCAGCAGCAGCAUGCACUUUGCAGGUCUGGCCCUUUGGCCGGAACCCGUGUCUUGUCGGGGUCCCAGCCCGCCGCCCCCCACACUGUGUAUAGUGUGUAGCCUGUCCCCGUGCGCCUGUCGGGAGCCACGCGGGAAGCAGCUGAGCACGACUUAGGGAACCACAGAGCUCGGGGGCCGCAGGGGCUUGCAGAGGACUGAACUGGAGAGGUCAGCGUGCGCUCAGCUGCCCGUACCUUCCGGGGAGGACACGCCCCUCCAGGGAGGCCUGUGCUUUUGCCGGGGCAGAGAGCAGUUGCAGCUGGCGGUACCUGUCCCCCGACGAAGCCGUGUCCCGGUGCCCGCGGCCCACGUGGUCAGGGAGAGGAGACGGACUCGGUCUGGGCAGCAGCGUGCACGUGCGUGGAGGAGCCCCCGGACGUGGCCACACAGUGGGGCCGGGGCCGGCCGGCUUCCCAUUUCCCUCCUGGCUUGCUUGGAUCCUGGACGAAAGUUCCCCGCUGCUGUUCUUGGUUCCUCUGGGAAGUGGCAGGGAGUUCGCCACUCGGGUCACUGCAGACACAGCCCGUGUGCCUGCCUGCUCUGGACUCACUUGGAGUCGUCCCCAGCGGCCAGCUCUGGGCGGGACCUUGCUGUCCAGGCCCUCUCCUCCCCCUUCCCGCGCACGCGUGGCUGCCCGCUCCUUGUGCAAUGCAGGUCCACAGAGACUGCCCACGAACUGCCGCUCUCAAAGUGCUGAGCGUCCAGAGUGGGUGGUCUUGGAGCCCCUUACAGGCGCGGGGACACGUGGAGGUGCUUUACAGCCCAGGCCCCGCUGGGGAACCCGAGCACCGAUGCUUCGCCCGUGGUGCGCCACGCUGUGCUAGCACCUGCAUUCGGUGACGUCUGUCAGUGUCAGAUACGGAGGCCCAUCCCGCUCCGUGCCCGUCCUGCUCCAUCCCUGGGGGCCUCUGUGGAGCCCGCGUGCCCGUCCUGCUCCACCCCCGGGGGCCUCUGCGGAGCCCACGUGCCCGUCCUGCGGCCUGCUCCACCCCUGGGGGCCUCUGCGGAGCCCACGUGCCCGUCCCGCUCCGUCCCCGGGGGCCUCUGCGGAGCCCAUGUGCCCGUCUUGCGGCCUGUGCUCACAUCUUGCCUGUGUCGCUCAGGCUCACGGGCUGGGUGGCUCUGAGUGCCGUCAGGUGCACAGGCUGCGUCCUGCUGGCUGGGGACCCCAGGUGGUGGCGUCUGAGGGGCACUGACCUGAGAGAUCCGGGGACGUUUCUCCUGACUGGCCUUGAAGACCAGACACAGGCUUCAGGACGCUUGGCGUCCUAGAGUGACCCCUGAGCGGCAGCAGGCCCUCCCAGGAUCCUGCUGGGCUCAGGCAGAGGGCUCCCUUGGGCCGCAGCAGGGACACACCUGGCACCCCUGCCCCCCACAGCUGUGCCCGGAGACCCUGGCUCCCCUCCCAGGUCUUGGCAGCACGUGCCGUGGCAUUCAGGUUUGGGGCCUGGUUUCUAGCACCUUCAGGAUGGAGCCCAUAGCUCUGUCGUCCCCUCCCCUCCUUAGCUGUUGACCCUUCUUCUUGUGCCAAAUGAGGCAGUCCCCGAGCAGGGGGAACCGGCCACGAAGCCUCAGGGACCCCGGGCCAUGGGCCAUGGCUCUCCGAGGUUUGCCGUUGCUUGAAUACAGCCAAGAAGACAGUUUCUAGAGGCUCGCUCUAAGGGACCCUGCCCUGUCGCCAUGGGAGGCUUCGCCUCCACUUCUAGAGCACAGUGGUUGACGAGAACAGUUCUGAUUAAAAAAAAAUCUCAC